AUGCCCUCUCGCGCCUCGGCAGCGCAUGAUCUUUCUACUCGUCAUGUUGCUGGAAUGCGCACUUCAACUAUGGGACCUUCACUCUGCCACACCACAUUACCCAAUUUACACCAAAACAUGAAAAGCUUCUGGCAGAAGCUGGCAAGGCCACUGUAUUGCGUAGCGCCCAUGGCAAACGUGACGGACGCGGCUUUUCGUCGUCUCAUCAGUGAGAUUGCCAAGCCAUCGGUCAUGUGGACUGAAUUUGUGAGCUGUGAAGCUCUGACGCACGACUCGGACUCGCGUCGCCGCAUGAUGACUACGCUCAUGUAUGCGGAGAAAGAACGGCCGGUGGUAGCGCAACUUUUUGGUUCAAAGCCCGAGCAGUUCUACGAAUCGGCAAUGAUCGUUCGUGAUUUAGGUUUUGAUGGGAUUGACAUUAAUAUGGGUUGCCCAGAAAAAAAUGUAAUUGAUCAAGAAAGUGGCGCGGCUUUAAUCUUGCAACCGAACUUGGCGGUUGAAAUUGUGGCUGCGUGUAAACGAGGAGCACAGGACUUGCCUGUGUCUGUCAAAACACGCAUUGGUUUCCACCACAUCGAUUACAAAGACUGGGUACUACGGCUGCUGGCGACGGAAGCGGAAGUCGUUACUGUUCAUGGUCGGACGCGUGAUGAGAUGUCUAAGGUUCCGGCGCACUGGGAUGUUAUCGGAGAGGUGGUAACGCUGGCCAAAUCCACAGGCUCUUCCACACUUAUCCUUGGCAACGGUGACGUUGAAAGUCUCGUUGACGCACAGCAAAAAGUUGAAGAGUACGGAGUUGACGGCGUAAUGCUUGGCCGCGCGUUGUUCGGCAACCCAUGGCUAUUUCAGGGUUACCCAAACACCGCGCAUGUUUCAAUAACAGAGAAGCUGGAGGUAAUCAGACGCCACACGCAGCUCUUUCAAAAGCUCUUGGCAGACCCAGGCCUCAUCGGAUUCCCGCGCAUGAAAAAGUUUUAUGGUUCAUACUUAAAAGGGGUGCCGAACGCGCGUGACUUGCGUGAUCGUAUGGCUCGUACGCAAACGCCCGAAGACGUAUACUGUAUCAUAGACGAAGCUCUCAAGUGUCUGCUUGCGCAGGAGCAAGUACAAUAA